AUGGCUUUUAGCCAAGAGGCCUUGUUGCCCCCUCUCUUGCCUGUUACUCCAGAUGAUCAUGCAAGUUCUCAUGGUAUUGGCAAACACCGACACGCGCUGAGUGAUUCCUCGUUUGAAACAUAUAGCAAGGCUCUCUAUGCUAGCCAACUCUUCUCCGUCCUCGUUUUGGCAUGCUCCAAAUCUGCCGUCGUCCUCCUUGUUCUAUCAUUGAAGCCUUUUGAGAGGAUCUCCGCGGCAUGCAAGAUUACAUUGGGACUGAUUGGUGCAUGGGCACUGGCCGCGCUCGUGGCGCUCGGUGUACAAUGUGAUCAACCACAUCCGUGGAGCUUCAGCCCUGAACGAUGCCUAAACCAACAUGCCCUAUACAUCAGUCUAGCCGCAUUUCAUAUGCUUUUGGAUAUGUGCGUUAUUGGAUUACCGGUGACUCUACUUCACCAGGUCCAGAUCAUCCAAUGGAAGCGCCAUCACAUCUCAGCUCUAUUCGCCAUGCGUGUUCUAGUCCUAGCACUAACAAUAGCCGGACUCCACUCCCUUCAACCACUCUUCAACUCCAAGCCCCUCGACCGACCCUGGCACGCUCUAAUGCCAGCAAUCUGGCUACAGCUUAUUCUCAGCUCAUCAAUCCUAUGUACCUGCAUCCCAACUUUAAAACGCGUGCUCGCCGAUCUCCAAACAGGCAUGAUGGCAGGAACCGUGUCGGACUUCUUCGAGCAAUCAGUCUCGGGCCAGAACUCGAAGGAUCGAUCGACAUCCAAGUCUGGGAGUGGCAUUGGGCAACGAUCAGGAUCUGCGACCCACUCGUCAAGUCCAAUUUCCGUGUCCCAUGGGGACCGUCCCAGUGUGGAGCGUGUGGAUAGCCAGAAGAUCUUGCGCGAUAAUGCUAUUGUGCAUACUGUUGAUUAUGAUAUGCGCUAUGAUGGGGCUGAGCCGGGUAGAGCUUCAUCUUCUAGUGCGGUUGAUUCUUUUCUUUUUGAUGAUGAUGCUGCAAAUGAGAGGAUUAGUGUUCAUCAUAUGGUUGGAGGUAACCGCGGCUAG